AUGUCCCCUUCUCUUCAGCAGCUGAUCGCUGCCCUGGACAGCCACGCCAUCCUGAGUUGUCACUCGCUGCAGAGCAUAGCCGAGAAGGACAACAAUUUGGUCCCGAUUGGGAAACCUGCGUCAGAGACUUACGAUGAGGAGGAAGAAGAGGACGAUGAGGACGAUGAAGACAGCGAGGAGGACUCUGAAGAUGAUGAGGACAUGCAGGACAUGGACGAGAUGAAUGAUUACAACGAAUCUCCCGAUGAUGGCGAGAUUAACGAGGUGGACAUGGAAGGGGCUGAGCAAGACCAAGAUCAGUGGAUGAUCUAGAUGUCGGAGAAGCAGCCGCAGCAGCAAAUUGCUGUCUGUGUGCGGAGAAGAGGUUCCCGAGCCUGUCUGUUCACAGUGCAGACGGACAUGGGUGUUCUCUGCCUGCUGCAGCUCCAUGCCAGAAGGAGGGACUGAAUACUGCCACUGUCCACACCAACUGCCCCAGCGAGCUGGCCUCCUGUGUUGCUCUGCUGGUCCAUUUUGAGUGAGCUCAGCAAUCGGCCAGAGAGAACGACUUGGGUAUUAUGUCUGUCUCUUGCCAGUCCUGGGCCCGUGCUCUUUCUCUCUGUUUGUGGGCUUCCUACUCUCAGUCGGAGCUGUUUUGUAAAUAAAACUGUUUUUACUUGACCUGUGUUGUUCUUAUUCUCCCUCCAGUCCAUUUCAGGUUCCCUCCCUUAUGGUAGCAUUGGGAAUGACUCUCGGGCUGACAGCCUAACCCCAUGUAGACUGGGGAGUGAAGUCCUUCAAGGGGAUGCUGAGUUGCAGGCAAAGACGGCGAGACUUCCAGCAAAUGUGGCUUUUGAAGACAGCUCUGGGUAUCAUGCUGUGUGCCAGAGGUAACAUCACAGCAUCUUCCAGCAUAGACUGGGGACUUUGCUUUCCCGGAAAGAUUUUAUGCGUGAGCAGGACAGAGCAUGGGAGUUUUGCCAGUUCUCCACUACCCACUCAAGCAGCCUGUCUUGAGGAGUGGGACAGGGGAGCUCCAACUUGGAGAUUUUUCUGCUGUGGAAGCACCAUCAACAGAUGCAACGUGGAACUUCUUUACGGCAGACACGCACAUUGACUUCGUGACUUCAGCUUAAGUUGCAGAUCACUGCGAUGUAAGAAGAGUCCUGAAAUUAAAGAUUCCUUUCCAUCUC